AUGAUGCCAUCGGAGAAAGGCGGCGGGUCGGAGCCGAACAGGUCGUCAGCGCAUGUCGGGAUCGCCUCUGCCGGAGUUGAUUAUAUCAUGGCUGGGAUUCACCCACGAGAGCUUCAAUUCCUGCUACUUUCUCACCCUCCCGUUCCCCUUCCCCUUCCCCGACUCGCUGGGAACCCAAGCAUGGAAUGGCCUCGUUAUUAUUCUGCCCCCAAACGUCGCCUUACGUACCCGGCCAACCUGAUGCCGCUGACGCAGCCCCUGCGGUGCAGGGCCCAUCCAUCACAAACGCUAUCACCACAUUCAGUCCUCCGUCGUUCCAUCUUGAAGUCUCGACAAGGGCGACCCGCGGCUUUUCCCUUUCCUCCGCCGCAGCUCCGUGUUCUGCGCACCUCGACCUCCGCCCCCCUCCGCCAUCAUAAGAACGGCCUUGCGCCCGCCAAUGUCCGCCCCGUCAUAACCACUCCUGCAACCACCACCACCCCAAUCCCCUUGCCAGUAGUACUCCCCAUGGCGACUACCCAAACCAGAGACCACGGUGGCCAUGGUGGCCACGGCCACGGCCACCAUCAUCACCAUCACGGAAACGUUUACCUGACCUCCACGAAUACGCACGAUGCCGGCGUUCGGAUCACGCGACUUGGCCUGGUUGCCAAUCUCGCCAUGGCCAUUGGCAAAUUCGUGGGCGGCUACGUCUUCCAUUCGCAGGCCCUGAUCGCCGACGCGUACCAUGCCCUCACUGACCUGGUGUCCGAUUUCCUGACGUUGGGGACCGUGGCCUGGUCGCUCAAACCCCCGACCGACCGGUUCCCGAACGGCUACGGGAAGAUCGAGAGCAUCGGCGCGCUGGGCGUCAGUGGUUUGUUGCUUUGUGGCGGAGUCUUCAUGGGCCUGCAUUCCGGACAGGUCUUGCUCGAUCAAUUCUACCCCGAAGCCGCCCACGCAAUCUCUCACCUGGGAAUUGCGGGACAUGGGCAUUCGCACAGUCACGGAGUUGAAGUUCUCGGGCCUAGCAUUCACGCCGCAUGGCUGGCUGCCGGGUCCAUCGUUGUGAAGGAAUGGCUUUACCACGCUACCAUGAAGGUUGCCAACGAACGGAAAUCAUCGGUCCUGGCCUCGAACGCAGUCCACCACCGCAUCGACUCGCUCACGAGUAUCGUUGCCUUGUUCACCAUCGGCGGAACCUAUUUCUUCCAAAACGCUUCUUGGCUCGACCCCGUGGGCGGGCUGCUUAUCUCGCUGAUGGUCAUUAAAGCCGGAUGGGGGAACACUGCCACCUCCCUAUUAGAGUUAGCCGAUACUGCCGUCGACGAGGAUAUCAAGGAAUCCGUGUCCAAGGCGGCGUCAAAGAUGCUGGUGAAAAUGAAGGAUGGUGACGCGAUCAAGGUGCGCGAUGUUCAGGGUAUGAAAUCGGGACAGAACUACCUGAUGGACGUGGAACUGGCGGUGCCUGGCGCAUGGCCGAUCAGCCGUUCGCGGGAGAUCGAGGAGGCGGUCCGAGCGGCCAUUGGCACGGGCGUCCGCGGCGUCAAGCGAGUCAAGGUUCGCUUUGUGCCUUUGGAGUACGAGGAGUUGACCUUCUCGGAGGAAUUCAUUACAUCCGACGCCUCGCAAGCCAACCCCGAACCCAAGGAGGAGGACGUGGAGGCGGAAUGUGAAGCGCAUGCCCACGAGCAUGAGCAUAAGCAUGAACACUCCGCCCGCAAGAGACGUUAA